AGCCUGCCCGCGAGCUCAGCGCGGCUCAACGGUCUCUGUCCUUGGCUGUGCCUCCUGCGCUCUGGCUGAGCCAUGUUCCUUCUCCUCGCCCUCCUCACUGAGCUUGGAAGGCUGCAAGCCCACGAAGGUUCUGAAGGAAUAUUUCUGCAUGUCACGGUUCCACGGAAGAUUAAGUCAAAUGACAGUGAAGGUUCAGAGAGGAAGAUGAUUUACAUCAUUACAAUUGAUGGACAACCUUACACUCUACGUCUCAGAAAACAAUUGUUCUUACCCCAGAACUUUUUGGUUUAUACAUAUAAUGAAACUGGAUCCUUGCAUUCUGAGUCUCCAUAUUUUAUGAUGCAUUGCCAUUACCAAGGAUACGCUGCCGAAUUUCCAAAUUCAUUUGUGACACUCAGUAUAUGUUCUGGUCUCAGGGGAUUUCUCCAGUUUGAAAAUAUCAGUUAUGGAAUUGAACCAUUAGAAUCUUCAGCAAGAUUUGAGCAUAUAAUUUAUCAAAUGAAAAAUAAUGAUCCAAAUGUAUCAAUUUUAGCAGAAAAUUACAGUCAUAUUUGGCAGAAAGACCAGCCCUACAAAGUUCCUUUAAACUCACAGACAAAAAAUCUUUCAAAACUAUUACCCCAAUAUCUGGAAAUAUACAUUAUAGUGGAAAAAGCUUUGUAUGAUUAUAUGGGAUCUGAAAUGAUGGCUGUAACACAAAAAAUUGUCCAGGUUAUCGGGCUUGUCAACACUAUGUUUACUCAGUUCAAAUUGACUGUUAUACUGUCUUCCUUGGAAUUGUGGUCAAAUGAAAACCAGAUUUCCACCAGUGGGGAUGCUGAUGAUAUAUUACAAAGAUUUUUGGCAUGGAAACGGGACUAUCUCAUCCUACGGCCCCAUGACAUAGCAUACUUACUUGUUUACAGGAAACAUCCUAAAUAUGUGGGAGCAACACUUCCUGGCACCAUAUGCGAUAAAAGCUAUGAUGCAGGUAUUGCUACGUAUCCAGAUGCAAUGGGUUUAGAGGGAUUUUCGGUUAUUAUAGCUCAACUGCUUGGCCUUAAUGUAGGAUUAACAUAUGAUGACAUCACUCAGUGUUUCUGUCUGAGAGCUACAUGCAUCAUGAAUCAUGAAGCAGUGAGUGCCAGUGGCAGAAAGAUUUUUAGCAACUGCAGCAUGCACAACUAUAGAUAUUUUGUUUCAAAAUUUGAGGCUAAAUGCCUUCAGAAGCUUUCAAAUUUGCAACAAUUACAUCAAAAUCAACCGGUGUGUGGUAAUGGGAUUUUGGAAUCCAAUGAAGAAUGUGACUGUGGUAAUAAAAAUGAGUGUCAAUUUAAGAAGUGCUGUGAUUAUAACACAUGUAAACUGAAGGGCUCAGUAAAAUGUGGUUCUGGACCAUGUUGUACAUCAAAGUGUGAGUUGUCAAUAGCAGGCACUCCAUGUAGAAAGAGUAUUGAUCCAGAGUGUGAUUUUACAGAGUACUGCAAUGGAACCUCUAGUAAUUGUGUUCCUGACACUUAUGCAUUGAAUGGCCAUUUGUGCAAGUUGGGAACUGCCUAUUGCUAUAACGGACAAUGUCAAACUACUGAUAACCAGUGUGCCAAAAUAUUUGGAAAAGGUGCUCAAGGUGCUCCAUUUGCCUGUUUUAAAGAAGUUAAUUCUCUGCAUGAAAGAUCUGAAAACUGUGGUUUUAAAAAUUCACAGCCAUUCCCUUGUGAACGGAAGGAUGUUCUCUGUGGAAAAUUAGCUUGUGUUCAGCCACAUAAAAAUGCUAAUAAAAGUGACAUUCAAUCUACAGUUUAUUCAUAUAUUCAAGACCAUGUAUGUGUAUCUAUAGCCACUGGUUCCUCCAUGAGAUCAGAUGGAACAGACAAUGCCUAUGUGGCUGAUGGCACCAUGUGUGGUCCAGAAAUGUACUGUAUAAAUAAAACCUGCAGAAAAGUUCAUUUAAUGGGAUAUAACUGUAAUGCUACCAUAAAAUGCAAAGGGAAAGGGAUAUGUAAUAAUUUUGGUAAUUGUCAAUGCUUCCCUGGAUAUAAACCUCCAGAUUGUAAAUUCCAGUUUGGUUCCCCAGGGGGUAGUAUUGAUGAUGGAAAUUUUCAGAAAUCUGGUGACUUUUAUACUGAAAAAGGCUACAAUACACACUGGAACAACUGGCUUAUUCUGAGUUUCUACAUUUUUCUGCCGUUUUUCAUAGUUCUUACCACUGUGAUCUUUAAGAGAAAUGAAAUAAGGAAAUCAUCCAACAGAGAGAAUGCAGAGUAUAAUCGUAAUUCAUCCAUUGUAUCAGAAAGCGAUGACGUGGGACAUUAAUAUUGCACAGAACUUCCAUAGCAAAUAAUCUAAAGGAACAAAUGUGCUUUAUUUAUAACCUUAUGUUAUCCCAGAAUGCAUUGUAAAUGUCAAACUUUUGGAAAAUAAAGCCUGCGUGCCUUCCCAUGUGCCUCCUCCAGUGCCUCCUGCUGUGGGUGGGAACCCCCUGACUCCAAGUUCCAAGAGUCUCUGGGAUCCACAGACCUGGGUCUGGGCCGUGCCCUCCAGACUCCACCAUUCCUGGGAUCCGCUCGGCCUCCCCAGCCCUGGCCAGAAGCAGCCCCCAUUCCAUGCUCAUCAGCCAUGACUGUGGCGAGGCCGCUGGCCACGCAAUGCUCUCUUGCUGAUCCUCUCAGGGCUGGGCCGGCUGACCUCCACGGGUGAUUGCAAGUGAAGAAUUUUUGCUGCGUACGAGGACUGCAUUUCAGUGUCCAGAGAGGAAGCAUGUGUCACCCUCCCUGUUCCAGUAGCUCAGGCCAAGCUGUGCAGAAGAAACAGAGCUUGUUGCUCCAGAGCC